AUGGAUAUUUCGAAACCUCGCCAAACUGUUGAUGAAAGCAUGAAUCAGCUUUCCUUGUCUCCCCCCGACAAACCUUCCUUCCUUACAGGCACAGUACGGGCUCCAGGUUCCUAUAGCCAACCCCCAAAGCGUGCCUUGAAGCCAUUUGCUUCGGAGGAUAUCAAGAUUUUGUUGUUGGAAAACGUCAACCAAUCUGCCUUGGGCAACUUGAAAGAACAAGGAUAUCAGGUUGAAUUCUUAAAGUCUUCUCUCAGCGAAGAUGAACUUGUUGAAAAAAUCAAGGGUGUUCACGCCGUCGGUAUCCGUUCCAAGACCCGUCUGACUCGUCGUGUUUUGGAGGCCGCCGACAAUUUAAUCGUCAUCGGUUGUUUCUGCAUCGGUACCAAUCAGGUGGAUUUGGAAUUUGCUGCUGAACGUGGUAUCGCCGUCUUCAACUCUCCUUAUGCCAACUCUCGUUCUGUCGCCGAACUCGUCAUUGGCGAAAUCAUCUGCUUAUCUCGCCAAGUUGGUGACCGCUCCAUGGAAAUUCACUAUGGCGAAUGGAACAAGGUUUCUAAUGGCUGUUGGGAAAUCCGUGGCAAGACCUUGGGUAUUAUUGGUUAUGGUCACAUUGGUUCCCAACUUUCAGUUCUUGCUGAAGCUAUGGGUCUUCACGUCGUCUAUUAUGAUGUCCUUCCCAUCAUGCCUUUGGGUUCUGCCAAGCAAUUGAGCUCUCUUCAUGAGCUCCUCCAUCGUGCUGAUUUUAUUUCGUGCCACGUUCCUGCUUCUCCCGAAACGAAAAACAUGAUUUCUAAUGCUGAGUUUGCUGCCAUGAAGAACGGUAGUUAUCUCAUCAACGCUUCUCGUGGAACUGUAGUUGACAUUCCUUCCAUGAUUGCUGCUAGUAAGAGCGGUAAGCUUGCUGGUGCCGCUAUUGAUGUCUAUCCUGCCGAACCCGCUGGUAAUGGCAAGGGAAAAUUUGCCGAUAGUUUGAACUCUUGGACUAGUGAACUAUGCUCAUGCAGAAACAUUAUCAUGACUCCUCACAUUGGUGGUAGUACUGAAGAGGCUCAAUACAACAUUGGUCUUGAGGUUAGUGAUGCCCUUACUCGCUACAUCAAUGAGGGUAACAGUGUUAGUGCUGUGAACUUCCCUGAAGUGUCUUUACGUAGUCUUACCGAGGCUGAUACCAAUGUCGUCCGUGUCUUGUUUGCUCACAAAAACGUACCAGGUGUCCUCCGACAAGUCAAUGAAAUCCUUGUCAACCACAACAUCAAAGCUCAAUUCUCUGAUUCCCGCGGUGAAAUUGCUUACUUGGUUGCUGAUAUCAGCGAUUGUUCAUCUAGUUCCUUGGAAACUUUGCACUCCAGGUUGGAGUCUUUGCCUGGCAAGAUUAAUACUCGCCUUUUGUAUUAA